GAGACAGUAAUAUUUAUGUGAGUUUGAACAUAUUGGUUACCCCUAAUAAUAUACCGUGGUCAGGCAACACACUGUACGCUAGUUUUGAAGAAGCGAAACUAAGCGAAAUGACAGAAACAACGAAAUACUGAAGGUGUCGUUCGAUAAAAUAGCACUUUAUAUAGAUGAAUGGUCAUUGGUGACAUUUGGCGCGCCGUUGUAUUAGGAGCGAGAUCAAACUGUCCAAUUCAUCACAUCAGAGUGAGUUCACGGUUUUCGGUUUCAGAUGAUCAUGAUGGACAACAAAUACAUCUUUCAAAUGUCUGGCAUCAAGAAUCAUUCCCAGAAAAGACAGUUACUCCACGGCAUCAGAAAGCUGGGGGGCAUAUAUUUUGGGGGCUCUGUUUAUAAGGAGGCAACAACUCACCUCAUUGUCCAAAAAGCUUUAGCAAGUGAAAAGUUUAUCGCAGCCUGUGCGGGAGGAAAGUGGAUAGUCACUCCAGAGUUUGUUCUGGACAGUGUGAAUCAAAAAGCAUGGCUUCCAGAGGCUCCAUAUGAAUUAAACUUAACAGCUCAGACUCCCGAAACACCCAAUCCGCUGAAAACAUGGAGAGAGAGGGUGUCUAAUGGCACUGUGUCUGGAGCUUUUCAGGAUUGGGUUGUGCUCGUUGACAUUGAUGAUCCAGCGAAGAGAAGUGUGUUUGUCAGGAUAUUAAAAGCAGGCAGAGCUGUUGUCUUCACAGACUGGUCGACUUCAUAUGAUGUAACUCACGUGAUAACCACAAAAACAUCUAAAGAUAAAGGCCAGAAGUGCAGAAUCACUCACUAUAGUGUCAGCUAUGUAGCCAAACAUCUUUUUGGGGAUGUUUGCGCAGAGUUAAACUGGUCCUGUAAUUUGGAGUCCUUCGGUGAAGGAGAGAGCUGUAAAAUGGCCGUCGAUGCUGCCGCAGUCACUGACUCUAUGGAUGUUACUGAUGACCUCUCACAAAAAGAAUUGGAGGAAAUGCUCAAAGAAUACAUCAUAAUAAUGGAGCAACGGAAGAAAAUGCUUUUGACAGUCCCAGAGUUCUACAGCUACUACACACCCAACCUGCCAGUUCAGAUUCCAGCGGUAGAUUUCAGCAAUGUGCAGAGCUUGGUGGAGUGUGCCUUCUUCCCUCAAGCUCUGGAGGAGAUUCUGGGGUCCCUUCAGCCUGGGGUGAUGCCCCCAGCCCCGCUGCUCCAACAGCUAAUGCACCACGCUCUGCAUGGUGAUGCAAAGCCAUUGUACCUCAGCAUGUUUAUCACAGUCCUCCACAGCAUCCUGCGCAACAAUCCUACCUGGGGUUCUCCUGGACACACUAAGUACUUUCUUCAGAUCCUCCAGUGUCCAGAAUGUAAAGGCGGUCUCUGGUCACUUCUUGAAACAUCAGUUCGAGUGUGUCUUGCAAGCGAACCCACCUGUCACUCACUGCCAAGCCCACCAUCCACCGAGCUGUUUCGUCUCCAUUGUAACCUGCAGGAGUUCUUCCUGAGACUCUUUCAGCUGGAGCUUCAUGCUGCUAGCUCAGGGAGGUCACCCGGAAGCAGUCGGGCGUCUGUUCUGUACAAUACUUUCUGGAACAUGUGGGAGAAGUCCACGCUGACCUCCAGGGCAGUUCAGCAACUCGGCAAGCUGCUGAUCAAGACUGUACUCUGGGCUGUCAACUCCACUCAGGAGUGGAGGCUGGGAAUGUCGGUCACUCUGCAGGAGACUCUGUGUGUAGUGGUGGAGUUCUGGGCUCAGAAACACAGUCCGCUCAACAGCAGUCUGGUGGAGAAAGGCUUUAAAGACCUGGCAGAACACAUUGCUAUACUGUGCCAAGACCUACCCUGUGAGAUGCUGAAGGAAGUGAUUCCAGCCCUUCGCUCUGCAAGACUCCGGAUGUUCACUGCCGACGCCAUCUAUAGAAACAUCUGCUGCAGCAGGGGCAUGAUCCUCAGCUCUGAACCACUCUACCUGCUCACAAUUGUCUCAACCUACCUCAAAGCUCUGGGGAUGUUGUGUGAUCGAGAACCAGUCCAAACCCUGAAGGGACAGACUGACAGAAUAGAGAUGAAUCAACCCUCUACUAGUCGUGCCGGCCAUGUGCCAGGCUCAGAAGCUGUGACAGACUCAGCAGGCGGCUCAGAUUCAGGGCGAGAGACUGUCCCGAGAGGUUACCACAGAGUCAAUGCUGCAGGCGAGACACUCCUUCAUCGAGCCUGCAAGAGGAACCAGGUGGAGACGUUGCUUCGUAUCCUCAGCGUGCCUGGAACGGACGUCAACAUUAAAGAUCAUGCUGGUUGGACGCCCCUUCAUGAAGCCUGUAACCAUGGCAGCACAGAGUGUGUGAAGGCCCUGCUCCAGCACUGCCCAAACCUGCAGCUGGGCAGUCAGGUCCAGGGGGUCAGUCCGGUACACGAUGCCCUGCUGAACCAACACACACACAUCGCCAAGAUGCUGCUGAGGCGCGGCGGUGAGUGCCCAACAUACACAUAUAUACAUUCUGAGAUCAGACCUUCACAAAACAACGCAUGCAAACACAUAUAUACACACACUCAAUGCAUGAAGAUUCAUACUGUGUAUACAGAUCUUCUUCACAUAAGAGGGAUGAAAACACGAGCGCACAUGCACACAGUCGCGCUCACGUAAACGUGAACCCUUCAAUGGCAAUUUUAAAGAAGCUGUUGAAUUUCAAAAAAGCCAUGAGUUCACUUGUUCCUCCUGGUUCAGUCUCUCACGAGUCUCUUAUCCAGUCACAAUCAAACAGGCCCUUCUAUGGGAGCCUGACUCGCAUUGAAUACCAUAUAAUACCGUAUUACUUCAAAACAUGUUCAGAUUUCUGAUUCCUUUGAGAAUGAGGCUGAAUUUAUUGAGUCAUAUGGAAGUGCCUCUCUUACUGGAAUGAAUAAGGAGAAAACAGUUUCUGUUUCCGUGUGUGAUGUCAGUAUAAACAAACUGAUGAGUGAAAACGGCAGAAAGUCAUAUUACAGCGGCA